AUGGCCCUGGAUUUUACCAUUAUGGCUUUCAAGAAUGCACUGAUGAGUUCCUACUGGUGCUCGGGGAAAGGGGAUGUGAUUGAUGACUGGUGUAGGUGUGACCUCAGCGCCUUUGAUGCCAGUGGGCUUCCCAACUGCAGCCCCCUUCCACAGCCGGUGCUGCGACUAUCUCCAACAGUGGAGCCAUCUAGUACUGUGGUCUCCUUGGAGUGGGUGGAUGUUCAGCCGGCAAUUGGGACCAAGGUCUCCGACUAUAUUCUGCAGCAUAAGAAAGUGGAUGAAUAUACAGACACUGACUUGUACACAGGAGAAUUCCUGAGUUUUGCUGAUGACUUGCUCUCUGGCCUGGGCACAUCUUGUGUAGCAGCUGGCCGAAGUCAUGGAGAGGUCCCUGAAGUCAGUAUCUACUCGGUCAUCUUCAAGUGUCUGGAGCCCGACGGUCUCUACAAGUUCACUCUGUAUGCUGUGGAUACACGAGGGAGGCACUCAGAGCUCAGCACGGUAACCCUGAGGACAGCCUGUCCACUGGUAGAUGACAACAAGGCAGAAGAAAUAGCUGACAAGAUCUACAAUCUGUACAAUGGGUACACAAGUGGAAAGGAGCAGCAGACUGCCUACAACACGCUGAUGGAGGUCUCAGCCUCAAUGCUGUUCCGAGUCCAGCACCACUACAACUCUCACUAUGAAAAGUUUGGUGACUUUGUCUGGAGGAGUGAGGAUGAGCUGGGGCCCAGGAAGGCCCACCUGAUCCUGCGGCGACUAGAGAGGGUGAGCAGCCACUGCUCCAGCCUCCUGCGGAGUGCCCACAUCCAGAGCCGUGUGGAAACGGUGCCCUACCUCUUCUGCCGCAGCGAGGAGGUCCGGCCUGCAGGCAUGGUGUGGUACAGCAUCCUCAAGGACACCAAAAUCACGUGCGAGGAGAAGAUGGUGUCCAUGGCCCGAAACACGUAUGGGGAGUCCAAGGGCCGAUAUUAUUUGACUCUAUCAAAAGUCUCUCCUUUUUAAGCCUUUUCUUAUGGAUGGCAGCCAAUACCGAGGCAGGAGCUUUCAGGUGGAGACCAAGCGGCCUUUCCUCUUCUCCCUCCCUCCUGCCACACUCAGUUUCCUUCCUGCCACGGACCCCUGGAGGAGGCUAUGGAGAGACAGUUU